UCAGGGAACAAGGGUUACAUUCAAGUAACCCGAGACGUUUUCUGCUAGUGAAUAGUCCUGGUAAACCUUGGUUACCAGAUUAAUGAUUAAAAUGAAAACUGUGGUAAAUAUUACUUAGAUUACAUGCAUUAUUUAAAUAUAUAUUUCUACUUUUUAAAACUAUUUGUUUUUGUAGGGUUAAAACAAUAAAUGCUCUUUUUGUGCAGUGGAACAUUUUGAGUUCUGUAAAUGUUCACAUUAUCACAACAUCAUUUUAUAUGAUUAUUUUAUAUUUAAUCUAAUAAUAAAACCAAUCAACUUUGGCUGUAGUCACAACAUAAAUAAAAUGUUUGUGUUUUGUUUCAACAGAAGCAUCAGCACCACCAGCACCAACCCAGCAGUUGUCCUUAAUGAAAAAUAAGGAAGAAAUCUCAAUUUUGAAAUCAAAAAUCAAAGUACUUGAGGACAAAUGCAGAGACCUAGAGAGUGAGAGGGAUUUCCUGCGCAGCAGUCUGACAAAUGCGUUGUCAACAAAGGAUGAGAUGCAAGGAGCUUUCGCCAAAACCCCAAGUUUGGUUGUUAACCCUGACUCUUCCGAUGAAGAAGACGGCCUGCAUGAAGAAAACAAGAAGGCGAAAAGAAGGGCAAGAAAGGAAAAGAAAAAAAAAUCUAAAAUAGUUGACUCUUCAUCCUUUUCCGAUGAAUCUGUAUCUUAUUCCACCUCUGAGUCAUCUGUUUCCUCUUCACCCCACAAAUCGAGGAAACAUAAGAAAAAAUCAGAGAAGAAAGCAAAACGCAAAAUGCAAAAAAGCAGAAGAGUGUUUCUACCAGAGCAUGCAAUACAAAGGUACAAAAAGGUCCUGCAGUACUUGCAACAGGGAAUCACCAAAACGCUGGCGUACCACAAGUGUGGGGUGGACCGCAAAACAAUUGUAGAUACCGCAGCAAUAUCUGAGCUAGAGGCUUGUGACGUUGAAGCCUACAAGACCUUGCGUGAAACAUUCCAUAGAGGCCAGAAACUGUCACAGUUUGCAGAACAAUGCAAAGAAAUGUGCAUGAAGGAGCCACUUCGAAGUGUCAUUGUCCAAAAAAAGACAAAUGGCUUGCUCAUUGACCUUUGUCAAAAAAAAAAGUAACUUGAUUUAAUACAUGCGUGUG